AUGGCGACGACGGAAGGGCUGCUACAAUGCCUGGCAGAGGGAAGGAAAGGGAGCAUAGAGUUCAACCAAACGAACAAGAGGAACGAGAGGAGAGAGCAUGAGACUUGGAUCAAGAUUGCGACGAGUGAGAAUGCAUGCUCGUGCUUGGUCGAGGUGGACAGAGGCACCCAAUCGCCGAUCGCGGAAGUUCGAAAGGCUGCAGAGGAGCAGCUUCAGAGCUUCAGCCGAGAGCAUGGGUUCGGCGUCGCUCUCAUGGAGAUCGUGCAUUCCUCGCAAGUCGACGUCCAGAUCCGACAGCUGUCGGCAGUCCUCUGCAGGAGGUACAUCUCCAAUCACUGGAUCAGGCAGAAGCCAGACUUUCAAGAGCCGGAGAUCGCCGAAGUACACAAAGCUGCGAUGAAGCAGCAGCUGCUCAAUGGCCUCGGGCUCGAGCACUCGAAACUUCGCACAGCGGUGAGUAUGGCGGUCGCCUCCAUUGCCAAGGAAGACUUUCCUGACAACUGGCCGGAGCUGAUCCCGCACGUGAUGAGCAUGCUAGAGACAGGAGAGCCUCACCUUGUGCAUGGAGCGAUGAGAUGUCUGGUGCUGGUCUCGGAAGAGAUCACUGACACUCAAGUGCCGCACGUCAUCACCCAUCUGUUCCCGAAGCUCUUCCGCAUCUUCACGGCAGUCGAGCUGUACGACAAGAUGAUCAGAGCGAGGACUUGCACUGUUGUGUUCAAGUGCAUCAAGCUCAUCUCGCUGCUUGGAGACGCCUCGGACUCCGAGGCUACCUCGCUGCAACUGCUCGAGCAGACUGUCCCAGCAUGGCUGCAGUGCUUCGCUCAGGUUCUUUCUUCUCCUCUCCGGCACGACGAUGCGGGAGAGCUGUGCAUGAGAAUAGAGAUCGUCAAGAUCCUCACGGUCAUCGUCGAAGUCUAUCCUCACCUCCUCUCCUCCAACCUGGCCGCCAUGAUCGCAGCAGUCUGGCAAGGGCUCACGGGCCUCGUGGAGGUCUACGAAGUGCAUGCGGUGUACUCGAACAGCUCCAACGACGUCGAAGUCGAUCCUGCCGAUGACGUGGACGGAGACAGGAUCUCCAUCGAGACUCUUGCGUGGGAGUACAUGGAGUGUGUGCGGGAGGUAGUGGGAUGCAGGCAUACAAGGGAUCUUGUCAAGACGCAGCUCUGCCCCAUCGCCUUCACCCUCAUCCGCUUCAUGCAGGUGACAGUGGAGCAGCUGCAGAUGUGGAGCGAGGACGUGAACGCGUACAUAGCGCAUGAGGACGAAGGAUCCUUCGAGAGCUCUGUCCGCAUCUCAGCUGCUGACGCUGUAACGGAGAUCUGCCAGAGCUUCGGGGCAGAGGGCUGGCAGGCCGUCCUGUCAGCGGUGAUGGGGCAGCUGGAGGUAGCGAGCAGGGCCAAGGCCGCGGGGGAGGAGAAGUGGUGGCUAAAGAGGGAGGCGUGCAUGUUUGCCAUCGCAGUGAUCUCGUCGGACUGCGACCUCCAGCGCAUCUCGACGAUCUUCCGGCCGGACGACUUUGUGAGGCAGGUGGUCUUGCCCGACAUGUCCGCAGACUCCCCCGCCGUGCUCAAGGGGCGGGCCCUCUACUGCGUUGCGAGCUUCGCCAGGUGGAUGCCCCUAGAACUUGCCAUCCAGUGUUUCGGCCCUGCCCUUGAGUCGCUGGGAGAGGCUUCCUCCUUGCCGGUCAGGAUGACAGCUGCCCGAGCCAUCGGGUCCCUGUCAAGCUCUGGGGAGGAGGACGAGGAGCCGGUCCUUGGGCACGACUUCCUCCGCCCUCACGUGCCCGUCCUGCUGCAGAGGAUAGCGCUGCUGCUUGCCUCGGCGUCGGAAGACUCUGCCCUCAUCACCCUCGAGGCUCUGCAUCAGAUCGUCAAGAUCCACUCGGACGACGUGUCGGCGCAGCUGCCGGUGGUGCUGGAGCAAGUGCUGACGGCCCUGAGCCGCUGCGCCGGCGACAUCAUGAUCGCAUCGGAGGCCGUAGAGACGAUCGCAUCUCUUGUGGAGAGACCCGAUGCGGUCCAGGUGGUCGGGGAGGCAUGUACUCCCCUUGUCAUGAGCGCGCUGCAGCAUGCGGACAGGUUCGUUUGCACGCAGGUCGAGAGCAUCGUGGAACUCCUGUCCAAGAUCGUGCGGAGGGUACCAGGACAAGACGUCUUCCGUGGACCUCUGCUCGACGUCGUCUUCCCCACCCUUCUCACCAUCAUGCGUACGACGGAGAACGAGGACAUCAUCCAGCCUGGCUGUGCGUGCCUUCGCUCAUACCUCCGGGAGGCGCAGCCCGAGCUUGCAAGGCUGCAGCUCCAGGGCCAGCCUGUGAUCCCGGACUGCUACUACGAGAUAGUGAUCCAGAUCUUGUCGGUAGGCUCGGAAGGCUCAGUCACGGCACUUGCGCCCCUGAUUGAGCAGAUGUUCCUACGAUGCCGAGGAGCCGUGCAGCACCUCAUCCCGAACAUGCUCGCCGCCGCUCUCGAGCAGCUCCGGGCAGCCCGUACGCUCCAGCUGAAGCAGGCGAUCGUCGUGCUGUUCGCAAGGCUGCUGGUGGAGGACCUGGAGGCGACCCUGGGCUUCCUGAAGGAGCACAGGCUGGAGGGGGGGCAGGAAGCUCUGCCUGUGCUGCUGGUCUGCUGGGCGAAGGAGCACGGCGAUUUCUCGGGCUCGUACGAGUGUAAAGUGUUGACGGCAGCUCUUGGCUCGCUGCUGCUGUCCGGGGACAUGGCCGUGCUCAACAUGUCGGUCCCAGGGCAGAGGAAGGAGAACUCGGAGCAGAGGAGACUGACGAGGAGUCAGACGAGGAACAUGGCGGAGAAUCCAAUCGAUCAGUGGACGGCAGUUCCCUUCGCGCUGAAGGCCUUCCUGCUGCUGCUGGAAACAAUCAAGAGGGAGGAGGAGGAGGAGAGGAGCUUCGAAGGCGACUGUGUCUCCGACGAAGGGGCGAGUGCGGAUGCUGAGGGAGAUGAUUUUGACGAAGGGGACGGGGACGGGGCGAGCAGGGGGAAGGGAAAGUUCCCCCACAUGUCGCCGCAUCUCUCGGCACUGAGUGACGAUGGAGGAGCCCUUGCUAACGGGAUACAGAGUGAGGCAUGUCGGAGGGAGAUAGUGAAGACGAUCAUGGCGGGGAUGCACAAGCUGCGGGGAGAAGAUGUGGAUCGCGACCAUCAAGAGGAUCCGAUUUCAAAUGUAAAUAUCAAGGACAAGUGCUUGGAGGUGCUGCAGACUCUUGCGCAGCAUCAACGGCAGAAGCUCCGGUCAUGCCUGGAGAGGACCCCAGCCGCUCUCCAGUCGGUGGCCAUGGCACAUCUCGGCCCGAUGAUAGCGGCACAGCCCAUGCACUAA